AACAAAUCUUUUUUCUGUGGAAUCGAGAGGAACGGCCCAUUUUCUCACAAAAUUGAGAGUUUUGUUGGCAUGGCAGGUGUUUUUCGUGCUCAUCCGACUUGAUUUGGCUCUCCGUUCUUGUGCGUGUCCUCGUCGCUUGAGUUUUCCCGACGCAGAAGUAUUUCGACUCGGCCCUCUAACGCGACUGACCCGCCUAUGCAGCUGCUCAUGUCAUGUAGUUAACUUCGUGUUUCUUGAGAUCCAAUUGCCAUGCUUUCUUUUCAUUUUCGCUGUCGACUUGUUCACACACUUCCCGCUCUGCACGCUGCCUUUUCUCAGGGCCAUUCGUCUAAGUUCGUACCCGCCAUACGCGUCCUCUCUGCUGGUUUUUCCCUGCUUCAUCUGCCGUUAACUUGUGGAGCCCGGACAAGUCCUUGUUGAGAGGAAAAACGUUCGAACCUCCUGGAACUUUGAAGGACCAAAGUAGAUGCUGAACCACAAAACGCACUUUCUCCGCUACCAGGAACAGCAGUUUUUACUCCAUUGGGACAGUCAGUGACCCCACGAUUUGAAACAAGCCAAAGAAACUGUGCCGGUUCGUGAGACCUCUGUGGAAAAUACACUGCGGUGUCAGUCUUUCUGCUCGGAUCUAUGAGACUUGGAACUUUCUUAGGUCCCGCUUUUCUUGCCAGUCUUCCUCGUUCAGCGAUUCCUGGCAUUUUCUUUUCUUCUACCGGUAGACAGCGAGACUCCCUGCUGUUCAGUCCGAGACCGGCGUUCAUCCGCGGAACCGCCAUGCCAAAGGGGAUCCGACAGCCUGCAGCGGCUGCGGCGGUAAAGAAGAAGCCGGAGACAGCGAACAAGCAAGAGAAGAGAGGCGAACGCGGCGACCCAGGUGAUGCGGGUCUUCCCUGCUUUCUGAGAGCCGUUGACGGAGGCUUCACGCUGGCGGUGCAUGCCAAGCCAGGCGCGAAGCAGUCACAGAUUCCGUCUGUCAAUGAACAGGCAGAACAGCUGGACGUUCAGAUCGACGCUCCUGCUCGAGAAGGAGCUGCGAAUGAGGAACUCUGCGAGUUCAUCGCUGAUGCAUUAAAACUGAAGAAGCGCGAGGUUUCCCUGCAGUCGGGUCACAAAUCUCGAGAGAAGGUUCUACUCCUCCAGACGACACGCGCGCCUGCGGAUAUCGUCGCUGCACUGAAGCAGCACAGUGGGCAGGCUUCUUGAGUUUCCUUCUCGUCUCCGUUGUCAACGCCCCUUGCGGUUCUGGGAAAGCCUUCCUGUUUCGUCAGUUUGUGAACGCUACGCAGCGGACCUCACCCGUCUCCUGGCGUCUCCCGCAGCAGCUGUUG